AUGACGGAGCUAGAGUCUGCCAUUCCAGAAUGGCUGCGAAAGAAUCGCACGGUGCCGGCGAGAGCUCCGCCGGGCUUCAAGCCUCCGUUCGAGCUGUACACGUCUAGAUUCCCAAAAGACACAAAAGACCUUGUAAUGGCAGUCAUCGGCGCCCAAUGCGAACCAAAUGUGAAGCACGAUGGUUCGGCCUUGAGGACAAUAUCCGAAUUCAUUACCUCCAACUCGGCCACUCCAGGAUCGCGUCCUGGCUUUCACGAGGUCGCAGCAGUGACCGACAACCGCGGCUUCUACAAUCUCGCCGUGUUCGCAUAUUGGCCUAGCAAGUCAGCCUACCAAGAAUGGUCAAACACCAGCGAAUUCCACGAUUGGUGGAGUAAUCUUACUCCCAGCAACAACGGCUGGUUUCUUGAGGUCUUUUACCCAACAAUCGAUCGCCUCGAGACGGUGUUUUCAACACAAUUACCAGAGGGUGCUGGAAAUUUGAGGGAGAGCAUCACCGGUCCCAUCCAAGAACACGUCUAUUGGGGGAGCAUGCGCGACCGCCUCCCCAUCACACAGACGGAUGAACUUCUUGGGGAUGCCGAGACUGUCAAGAACGGAGAUUCCACCACGAAUGGCACAGACAAGUUGAAGAGGGUGCGCAUCCAAGGCAAGAAGAACCUCUGCAUCAUCCGUUCAGGUCAAGACUGGUCGGCUGCGCUCCCCGAAGAGCGCCAGAUCUAUCUCGACUCCAUGGAGCCGCCCCUUACCAGAGGCAUGGAUUUCUUACGAGACCACGGGGAUGAGGUCGGCUGUAUCAGCUGUCGCUUCAUGGAGGUAGUGGACCCGGUCACAGCUGAGGGUGGCACAGAUCGCACCUUUUGUCUUGCGUACUUCGACAAUCUCAGCUCCUUAGAAAGCUGGAGCAAAGAGCAUAAGACACACCUCGCCAUCUUUGGAGAGUUCGCCAAGUAUGCAAAAAGACUAGGGGAGAAGAUGAGUCUGAGUUUGUUUCAUGAAGUGCUUGUUUUGGAGGCAGAGCAGCAGGUGUUUGAGUACAUUGGUUGCCAUGAUGGAACCGGAAUGUUGGGUAGUUGCUAG